GGACGUGUUUGUGAGAGCCCGGGGCAGGACCUUGACCGCCUUCCACCAAGCCUCUGUGUAAGAAAGUCUCUCCCCAGUUCUUCACAACCAGGCCAAAUGGCAAGUUUCACUUCUUCAGUGUUGUGAAAGAUCGGAUUGAAUCUGGAGAGCAGCACAGAUCUCAGUACAGAUUCAGAUGAUGAGUACCAAUGGAAAGGGCCCUUCUACUUUAUCCAAGGAGCAGAUCCUCAGUUUGGGCUGAUGAAAGCUUGGGCAGUUGGAGACACUAACAAUGGAGAUGACGAAUGGGGAGAAGAAAUCAAAUUAGCAGAGCAAGCAGUGCAGGCCAUUAACAAGCUAAAUCCUAAACCCAGGUUCUUUGUGUUGUGUGGAGACCUUAUCCAUGGAAUGCCAGGAACUCAAUGGAGAAAAGACCAAGAGCAAGAUUUAAAGAAUGUUCUGAAGGACACCCACCAGGACAUACCCCUGGUAUUUGUCAGUGGAAAUCAUGAUAUUGGCAAUACCCCAACAAGAGAAACAAUAGAACAUUACUGCAGUAACUGGGGAGAUGACUACUUCAGCUUUUGGGUUGGAGGUGUUUUCUUUCUUGUGUUGAAUUCUCAGCUGUACUUUGAUUCUUCCAAGUGCCCUGAGUUGAAGCAAGCCCAGGAUAUGUGGCUCAGUGAGCAACUGGCUAUCGCUGAACAGCAGAAAUGCAAGCAUAUAAUAGUGUUCCAGCACAUCCCUCUGUUUCUGAGAAAACCUGAUGAAGACCAUGAUUAUUUCAACUUGGAAAAAUCAGUUCGUCAGGAGCUAAUGGAAAAGUUUCAUAAAGCAGGCGUUAAAGCUGUAUUUUCUGGACAUUACCACAGGAAUGCUGGAGGGUCCUACAAAGGACUGGAAAUGGUGGUUUCAUCAGCAAUAGGAUGUCAACUGGGAGAAGAUACUCAUGGGCUUCGAGUGGUGGUUGUCACAGAUGAGAAAAUUGUUCACCGCUACUACAGUUUAGAUGAACUGAGCAGUCAAGGCAUAGAGCAAGAGCUGCUGGCUAUGCUUGCUGAGCACCAUUAGGCUGUGUCCAACUAUGUGGGGGUUUUUCCAUGUUAUACAAAUAGAAACUGUUUCAGAAAGUUUCUCCAAGCUGAAAAGAGACAUUUCUGGCUGUGCACCAGAAAGGUUCUCCAUUUAUUAUCCUCCUCAAUAGAAAGGUUUCUCUUUCUGAAAAUGAGACCUGUGAGGAAUAGGAAAGAAUAGCAGAACUGGUGCAGUAAUGUAUCAUUGAAAAGAACAGUUCUCAAAACUUUGCUCUUAGAUAAGACUUUCUUGUCAGAGAGAAGGUGUACCAGAGAGUGACAGCUGUAGCUUCUAGAUAACCCUUUAACUCAAGUGUUUCUUAGUUUUAAAAUCAAUAAAUGUAUUCAUUUCUGUUAUGCUCUGGACAAUAUAAAUGGGGGCUUUUUUUUUUACUCUGUCAAAACAAAUCUCAACCACCAGACUUUUAGCAACCUUCAUACCAGUUCUUGUUGCCUAGACAUUGUAUUUUCUCCUAUUUCCUAUAGGUUAUUUCUUAGCUACUGAGAGCCAGCAGCAACAGGAAAGCAGACAUGUUCUGUUUUGCAGUCACAGCUUGGGUUUCCAUUAUAUCCUGGUUUUACAUAAUGGAAAGGUUAUAAAUGAAGCUAACGGAGAUGCCAUUGACAGAAACUAAACAUGGAACAACUAUUUUUCUUUUGAAAUAUAACUAUCAAUCAAAUAGCUACACUGUUCUUGCUAUAGUUCCCAAGUUGGCAUAGUUGGAAUGUUCUGUACUGAAUACUGUUAUCAGAAGUUACUUUGUUGAUUCACAGACAGGGGGAGAGCUCUCCAAAUGCAAUUUUAAGAGUGCCUUGCUGAAAUAUUAUACAAUAUUAAAUGUUGAAAACCCCAAACCUAUAUUUUCUUCACUGGAAUGAGUCUUUAAAAAUAAGUUAUAUAAAAGAAGUUUAUGUGCUACAAUCUGCCUGUAUUUUUAGCAAGUGUAUCUGAUUUGCUUACUGUUAAAUUGAAAAAAAGAAAAAAUAUCUUCAUGUAAUUAAAACAUUAUAACCUGUUUUUUUUUAAGUAUUUAGUGGAACAUGUUAUAAUCCAUACCACAGGUUAUCUAGACAUAGAGAUUGCACAGCUUUAGCACCUGAAGAAGGAAAACCAGAAGCAAUACUGACUGAAAAAGUAAUGCAUUAUGUUUGGUUUACGUAUACUCACAUAAAACAUGUUCACUAGCGAACACUACAAAUACUUAAAUAUGGGAAGAGAGUGUUCUCUUGUGCUGUGCUGAAGGGUCAGCUUUAUUACAUUUUCAACACACCAGUUUAUCUAGGAGGCUUCUUCAGUCUUGGUCUGUGGUACUCAUGAGAUUCUACAAUGAUCGCUGUAACAUUUCUUUGCCCCAGUGAACCAGCUGUGCCUGGAGAUGAAUGACUCACAGCCCAUUCCAGUGACCUACGCACAGGUAAUGUUUGCUUUAGAAAGAAAAGGAUUUUGCUCUUAUUCUCCACCUGGUUUUGCUUAGUUGAAUAUUUUCAGAGUCUCAUUUUCAAGGGAACACCUGGGGAACAUGAAGUAAAAUCUAAGACUUCACAACUUUGAAACAGACAGGGACCCAAGCGCCUAAGAACAGUUUCAUCGGAAGUUACGCACCCAUUAGUAGAACUGCUGGAUUUAAAAAUCUCUGUACCUAGAUACGUUUUAAGCCACUGACUAUUACUAAAAUUUGGUCUCACAUAGCUGGGAGGUGUUUAGUAAUCACAGCUAAGUAACAGUGCCAAGACUAAGGGGAUGCUAGUGGAAAGGGAAGAACAGUCUAUUACUUAAAUCUUUUCAAGUCACUUCACAUUGUAUGGCUGAAGAAGUUCAGCAGGAGGGUAAUCUGAACAUGGGAUAUUCUCUGUUCUGGCAUAAUGUGGUAAAGCUGAAUGGAGGAAAAGUUUAAAGAGGGUCUUCUAUGUUGGAGAUAUUCAAGGCCCGCCUGGACAAGUUCCUGUGUGAUGUACUCUAGGUUACCCUGCUCUUGCUGGGGGUUGGACUAGAUGAUCUUUCAAGGUCCCUUCCAACCCUUGGGAUUCUGUGAUUCUGUGAUUCUUUUUUAUUUUUAAUAUACCUGUUUAUUACUGGAUAUAAUUUUAAUGUCUAUAUAUAUGGAGCUUGGGAGACGGAAGCAUAAAUUCAGGAGAAAGCCUUUCCACCAAUCUGAACAUGCUAGUAGUAGUGAUGUAUAGGGUUCUAAAAUUUAUUUUUCAAAGUUAUGGUGUACUAAUACACAAAAGAAGUACAGUUUUAAUUCUUAUUUGUAAUAUUUUUCCUGUUUUUCUAGUGUCAGUUCACUAUAAGAAGGUCUGUGAGAUUUUGUCAUGAAAAUACCGCUUAAGUACAAAGCUAAAGUUCAAUUAAAAAAAUAAAGGUUUAUUUAUAUCCCCAAAAUGUUCCUUUAUUUUAGUGAUUUCUAAGAAUAUCUUGUUAUGUUCAUCCAUAAACAUAUUACCAGAUUUGUCUUCAGUUUGAAGUUUUAUAAGACAGUCAAGUUGGGCUGCUGUUGUUUAUUUAAUGCUGCUUUGGAGGAUUUUGGGAGCUAACAACAGUGCUGUGUUGUUACAUAGUCUCUUGCUUAGGUUCCUCUCCUGCCUGUUGUGAGGACAGGUAAUCAAUAAACAGCAUAUUGUCUACUGUACUUGAUGGUGAAGUAGAUAAAUACUGUAAGAAAAAUAUUCUUGAAGACGUGAUGACAACGUAAACUUCACAGGACGAAGAAAAAUAUUCUCUGAGUUUUAUAUCUGAAACAUGCAGACAUUUAUUUUGGUUCUCACCUUGCAAGGUUUUAAAAGGAGGAAGAUUAAAACACCAGAGAUGUGCAGGUUGUGUGUAAUCAUUACUUUACUUUGUAGCCUGGCUUCCAUUCUGAUGAACAUAAAGUUGGCUUAAUAGAGGGAAUGGCCUCUCUAGUCCCUCUGUAUUGAGCCCAUGCCUCAUUCCGGUGAAUUAAGAAUUCCCUGCACUAGUCUGAAAUAGGAAAGAGAAUCCCGCAUUUCAUUAGUUGUUCAUUUUGCCAUUGCCUUGGUUUGACAAAUGUGUAAGUUAGCACACAUUAAAACUUCUUGGCAUCCUAAAAUCUAUGAGAAUGGGGAAAUCAAUAAAAUCUGUUUCUCUUGCAGUG